AUGCCACCCGCAGGAAAGCAAAAGAAGAAGUGGAGCAAGGGCAAGGUCAAGGACAAGGCCCAGCACGCCGUUGUCUUCGAGAAGUCCACCCUUGAGAAGCUCAACAAGGAUGUCCAGUCCUACCGUCUCGUGACCGUCGCCACCCUUGUCGACCGUCUCAAGAUCAACGGCAGCCUGGCUCGCCGCGCUCUUGCCGACCUCGAGGAGAGAGGCCAGAUCAAGAAGGUCACCAGCCACUCCAAGAUGAACAUCUACACCCGCGCCGUCGCCGCCGAGUAA